GAUUGCUUCCUUGGGAGUGUUUGAUGAGUCCUGAUCCUUGGAAAAGGGGCUAGUAUUAGAAAGCUGUACCAGCAGCCAGCCAGUCUCCAGUAUCAGCUAUGGCAACUCAUGUGUGAAGCUGAUGCCUUCAAACCAUUUCCUAUAGAUGAGGCAUAGCACAUGCUGUGGUAUUUAUGAGCCGCCAUUUGUUGUACUAUUGUGGUGAACCUACCCUGGAUGUGAAGAUUGCCUUUUGUCAGCCUGGGUUUCUGUCUUCCUUCCCAACCCCCUUCCCUUCUGCACAACAGGGAUUUGGGAAACAAGUGGAUGUGUCAUACAUUGCCAAGCAUUACAACAUGAGCAAAAGCAAAGUUGACAACCAGUUCUACAGUGUGGAAGUGGGUGACUCGACCUUCACUGUUCUCAAGCGCUACCAGAACUUGAAACCAAUUGGCUCUGGGGCUCAGGGAAUAGUUUGUGCUGCAUAUGAUGCCGUCCUUGAUAGAAAUGUGGCCAUUAAGAAGCUCAGCAGACCAUUCCAGAACCAAACCCAUGCCAAGCGUGCUUACAGAGAGCUGGUCCUCAUGAAGUGUGUGAAUCACAAAAAUAUUAUCAGUUUAUUAAAUGUCUUCACACCACAGAAAUCUCUGGAGGAGUUCCAGGAUGUUUACCUGGUGAUGGAGCUGAUGGAUGCCAACCUGUGCCAGGUGAUUCAGAUGGAGCUAGACCACGAGCGAAUGUCCUACCUGCUGUACCAAAUGCUCUGCGGCAUCAAGCACCUGCACUCUGCAGGAAUUAUUCACAGGGAUUUAAAACCAAGUAACAUUGUGGUAAAAUCUGACUGCACGCUGAAGAUUUUGGAUUUCGGGCUGGCCAGGACCGCGGGCACCAGCUUCAUGAUGACUCCGUACGUGGUGACACGGUACUACAGAGCUCCGGAGGUCAUCCUGGGAAUGGGCUACAAGGAGAACGUGGAUAUAUGGUCUGUGGGAUGCAUUAUGGGAGAAAUGGUUCGCCACAAAAUCCUCUUUCCAGGAAGGGAUUAUAUUGACCAGUGGAAUAAAGUCAUAGAGCAGUUGGGAACGCCCUGCCCAGAGUUCAUGAAGAAGCUGCAGCCAACUGUACGAAACUACGUGGAGAACCGGCCCAAGUAUGCUGGCCUCACCUUCCCCAAACUGUUUCCUGAUUCUCUCUUCCCAGCUGACUCAGAACACAACAAGCUCAAAGCCAGCCAAGCUCGGGACCUGCUGUCCAAAAUGCUGGUCAUCGAUCCAGCCAAGCGCAUAUCGGUGGACGAGGCCCUGCAGCACCCAUACAUCAAUGUCUGGUAUGACCCCGCCGAGGUGGAGGCGCCACCCCCCCAGAUCUAUGACAAGCAGCUGGACGAGCGGGAGCACACCAUUGAGGAGUGGAAAGAACUCAUCUACAAAGAAGUAAUGAAUUCUGAAGAAAAAACGAAAAAUGGCGUAGUAAAAGGACAGCCGUCUCCUUCAGGUGCAGCAGUGAACAGCAGCGAGAGCCUCCCCCCAUCCUCAUCAGCCAACGACAUCUCCUCCAUGUCCACGGAUCAGACACUGGCGUCCGACACGGACAGCAGCCUGGAAGCGUCGGCGGGGCCACUGGGGUGCUGCAGGUGACUAGCCGCCUGCCUGCGGAACCCCGCCUUCUUCAGGGGGUGACGGCGUCCAGAGGGAAAGCAACAGAGCUAAGGGACGGAGGGAAAUA